AUUCUCUGUCCCCCGGCUCCUGGGAGGGAAGGGGGCGGGCGUUCGGUGUUUCUGGGACUGGGGGGAUGGGGAGGCAAGGAGGGGGUCCCUUAGCCCCCUCACCCUCCCUUUUUGCCAUGUCUGGAUCAUGAGCGCCGCCCCAGAAGGGGUAGAAGGGGUUGGGGCAUACCCUGGAGGGCCGAAACUGGAGAGGCAGAGAGACGUCGCUAGGGACUCAGACUCCAUUCAGUCCAGCCCUCCUGGUCACACUGGCCCGGUUCGUCACACCUUAUACAACGCCCUUUCUACUUCAAGCUAUCCCCGAGAGACCUCUCUGCCUCCCUUUCUUACUGACUUUGGUUGCUCCUCUCCGGGGUACCUUGCUGCACCUCCCUGCAUGGGCGGGGGUGUGGAGCUGUACUCACCCUAUACCUUAGGCCGCUAUGCCCCCAAGGAGACCGACCAGGGGGCCAAGUGAGCGAAAUUUCUGGGACCCUUGGGAAGACUGCCAAACUUUUGAAUGGAUGAAAACCAAGAGGAGUCCGUCCAGAGCAGCCAAGCCUGGAGGGGACAGCAAUUCUGGGGAGCCCGAGGCGGCGGCGGCAGCAGCAGCAGCGACGGGCAGUCCCCGGACCAGCUUCUCUACCAAACAACUGACUGAGCUGGAGAAGGAGUUUCACCUGCAGCAUUAUCUGCCCAGGUCUCGCCGGGCAGAGAUGGCAUCUGCACUUCAGCUUAGCGAGACUCAGGUCAAGAUCUGGUUCCAGAACCGGAGGAUGAAGCAAAAGAAGAGGGAGAAGGAGGGGCUGGGUGGGGGCUGGGUUCCCUCUGAUGCCCCUUCCCUGGUUUACUCAGCCAGCACAGUGCCCCUCACUCCCACUCGAUGACACUCCCAAGCACCAUUACCCACCCCUACAGGUGAUCUGGGUAGCUAAGACAAGCAGCAUGUUUGUGUGUGCACAGUAGCACUUUCUGAGCCUCAUUGGGCUUGGAAACCAGGAUGGCCCUGGCUUAUGUUUUUUAAAUCUGACCAAGACUGGUUGGGGAUAGGGUAGACUUACCAAGUUGCUGAAAUUCAUAUACACCUGAAACAAGUAAUCCUCCCAGCCUCCUGAGACCAUACCCUUCAAAAUUAAGGGCUUUCUGGUACCAUAGAAUCCAAUAGUUUUGUUAUCUGGUUCAGGUGGAACUGUUUUUAAAAUCCUGAAGAAUAUGAGAAUGUGUGUGUGCAGUGAGGGUGAGGGGUGGGGAUGGGGAAUAGAAGUGAGAACCUUGUAGUUAAUGAAGGAAAGGAAAAUCUCUAAUCUAGGCAUAUAUCUUUAUUCCACUAAACACACACUUAUUUGCAACAUGGCUUUCCAUUCAGCCUCUCCAAAUUGUAUACAUACCUACACAAUGCUAUGCAAUACACUGAGCAUCGGCAAGUUCCCUUUCCCCCUAAGAAGCUCUAUGGUGAUGGUAGUAGUGACUUAAACCUGCAGGGGGGAAAGCACAAAGUCUGGAGCCCAUCACAGCCCCUAGCCUGGGUCCCUCCAUCAAAGCAAAUCAGUUCCACUGGGACCAUGAGUCUUCAGGGUAGUGAGACCCCGGAUCCUAUGGGACCACACUAGGAUGGUGAACCAAUGCCAGAAAAUGUCCGUGCUCAUUAUGAUGCAUGAUUUAUCAGGGGCCCUGUCUUGUGCUGACCAUCCUCAUGCUUAUCUUCUACAUUCCCAGAACUGUCCAGGCUCUAGCACUCCCUCCCCAAAACCCCCCUGUCUUCCCCACUCCAGCUACUCUAGCUGCCUAAGCUUUCUAAGAAAGAAUUUGCUCACUUACUCAUAAAUACCCUCAUCACCCAAUCCCAAACUAGAGCCCCAUUAUUUAUUUUCAUGUUCCAAGAGGCUUUUCUAUGUGGCCUCUGGGCAGGAUGAAACAGACGCUACCUAUUAACAAUUAAUUACACAGACUGCAAAUAUUGGGAUUGGAGAGAGCCUACUGGAAGAAUUGGAAAGCUCUGGUAACCACGAGCAGGGUGAAUAGGACUGUUUGUUGUAAUCAUUGUCAUUAUGCUUGCUUCUCUGUCAUCUUUUUAUCUCAUCUCUGCUCCUCAGCUUAGCCUAGGAAAUCCUUCUCCAUCAUAA